GAUUCGCCCCUGCAGUUUGAGGUCAUCAGCUUCAUCAGAAUGGGAAAUGCCCAAACUAGGAUAAGCAACAUGUGAGAUUGUUUUCACUUUGAAACCGGUUUUUAGCACCUCCCAAAUAUCAGGUGGAUUAAACCAGCACCUGCACAUCUUUAAGUGCAUUUUUAAGCACACCACUCAUCAUGCACACACACCCUGUGCGCGGAAGCUUCAUCCCGUUAAUGAUGAUGAUGAUCAGCACCAUCCCGGCUCUGGGGACUGACUGUGACUUUAACCGGACCGUGUGCCUGGCCCAGGCUAACGGAGAUGUCCUGAUUGGAAUUUUGCUUCCUUCUCAUAACUCUGUGAAGGGUCUCAGUCAUCGGACUCGACCUGAAGACUUCCCGUGCUCAGGUUUUGAUCUGGUGUCAUUUGUGAGGUCUCUGUCUAUAAUCCACACAAUUGAAGAAAUCAACGCAGACCCCACCGUGCUUCCAGGAGUGCGUCUCGGGUACGUUUUUUGUGACACGUGCUCCGACGCGGGAAAAGCUUUGCAGAAUGUCAACUACUUCCUUGCAUUCAACGGCUCGCUGCCCUUGGGGUGCAACUACACCGACUUCAGGCCGAGUGUCAAAGUGAUCCUUGGAGCACGAUUCUCUGAGGUGUCCAUCGCUGUGGCCAGACAGCUGGGUAUCUACAUGGUUCCUCAGGUGAGCUGCACGUCGUCUUCACCAGCACUAAGUGAUAAAUUGAGCUACCCAGCUUUCUUGCGCACUAUUCCCAGUGAUGUUCAUCAGACCAAAGCUGUGGCCAAAGUCAUGGAUUACUUCAACUGGACCUGGGUGGGCGUCGUCUACGGUGACGACAGUUACGGCAGAGGUGCUUUUCAGAGCUUCCUCCGUGAUGCUGAAGAGAUGAGGGUGUGUGUGGCCUAUCAGGAGGUGCUGCCUCACUACCUCGACCAUGAAGAUACUCCGCAACGCAUCAAGGAGGUUGCAGAACGGAUCCGCUCCUCUAGCGCCAAAGUGGUACUGCUCAUCCUGAAGGUACAGCUGGUGAAGCCUCUCUUUGAGGAGAUGAUCCGUACCAGCACAUCUAGAACCUGGAUAGCGAGUGAUGCCUGGUCCAGGGACCAAUAUCUGGCCCGUCUUGAUGGUAUCAAUACAGUGGGGGACAUUUUGGGCUUUACGUUUGUUUCACAAAGGAGUAAAUCACUUGACAAUUAUCUGAAGAAUCUUCAGCCACCUCCAGAAGGACACAACUACUUCAUUAAAGAAUACAAGAACCUGAGGUUUAACUGCACCCCAGAGUGUUUCUCAGAACAUCCUCCAUCUUACUGUCCAUCACCUGAAGACCUAAAAAUCAAAUCUGCCAAUGCCUGCAGCGUAAAGGAUCCACAAAAAGAAAACGAUGACUAUCUGGUCGAGGCCAUGGACACGAGUCAAUGCUACAGUGAGAGAAUCGCAGUGUGGGCCGUCGUCAGUGCGCUCCAAAAACUUCUCCGGUGCAACAGCUCCUCCUGCUCCGACGAAAUCAACUUCCCGCCGUGGCAGCUCCUGCAAGAGCUGAGAAAAGUUAAAUUUGAACUUAACAAAGAGACUUUCUCAUUCGACAAGGAUGGAAAUUUUGUCAAUGGAUAUGACCUGAUCAUGUGGGAAGAAAACGUAAACCACAGGAAAUUUCAGCGGAUUGGGAAAUACAGCGUUCUGAAGGAAGACAUACAAAUUGAAAUGAAGGAAUUCAACUGGCUCUCAACAGGAAACCACAUGUCUCGAUGCUCUCUUCCCUGUGAACCCGGGUUUGUGAAGAAGAUCUCCAACGUGUCUUGCUGUUACAACUGCACUCCGUGUGUGGAGGGAACCUACAGCGACGCCGUGGAUUCACAUGACUGCAAAAGGUGUCCCAAUGGAACUUGGUCUCUGAAGGGUUCCUUUAAGUGUGAACCACGACUGGAGUCCUACAUGAAAUGGAACAGUCCACAUCCCAUCACUCUGGUGGCAGCUACAGCUUUUGGGGUCUUGCUGUUGGGCGUGAUGUUGAUCAUCUUUUUGGUGCACAGAGAUUCCGCACCGAUGAAACGAGCUGAAGUGAGACUGUCCUGUGUGAUGAUGGCUGGACUGGCAGUGAGCUUUGGAAGUGUAAUCUGCUUCAUUGGAAGGCCCAACAUUCAUCUGUGCCGGGCGCGGCAGGUCAUGUACGCCAUGGGCUUCACUCUGUGCGUCUCCUGCAUCCUGGUGAAGGCCUUUCGGACCUUCUUGGCAUUCCUUCCCUUUGGCCAGGUGACACACAGGACACUGAACAAGCUGUACAACCCGCCGGUGAUCGUUUCCAUUGUAACGGCUCUCCAAGCAGUCAUCUGCAUUCUGUGGCUGGUCUUUGAUUCUCCUGAUAUCGACACCACUCCUCCGUCCCCACAAAGCAUGGACAAACCAAUCCAGUGUAAUGUCGGAACCACAUACAUUGGCUUUGGCAUUAUGUUGAGCUACAUAGCGCUGCUGGCGUUUGUUGGCUUUCUCUUAGCCUUCAAAGGCAGGAAGGUUCCUCAGGAGUUCAGUGAGACGGGCUAUAUUAUUUUCAGUAUGAUCAUGUACCUGUUCGUGUGGGUGUGUUUUGUUCCCGUCUACAUCACCAACAUAGAAAAGGGCAGCCCCGUGCAGGCGUCAGCCAUCCUCGUGUCGAGCUACGGCAUCAUUUUUUGCCAUUUCUUGCCCAAAUGCUAUGAAGCAAUUUGGGGAACGAAGACAGAUACCCUGGAGAAGGUGCUGAGGAGGUGGCGAAACAUCUCCAGUCCAAUCCCUGAACCGGAACCAGACAAUCACAUCAACAAGAGCAUAAGGUCACUGAGCCAAAUCAGCAUGGCCGAUUCUGAGGCGCCCAUAAUCCCAGAGUCCGAAGAAAUGAAGAAUAAGUUUCCAUUGUUCCUCUUGAGCACAGGCACCGACCUGAGGAAGAAACUAAGAAGCAGGUCUUUGUAAGAAGAAACAAUUGUGGCCUCGUUUCUAAUCUUCAAGCCAAAGAAAUGUGAAACAACUUACCGCAGGAAGGUCAACGUUUAAAAAUAUAACCGUGACAAAAUCUGACAUAUUAUUUGAAAUAGUCAGAAUAAGAGAUGCACCAGCAUAACGAAGGUGGCUAGCACUGUCGGGUCAAAGCCAGAGAGCCGUGGGUUUGAUCCCAGUGUGGACCGUUUGGUGUGGCGUUUACAUCCUGGGUUUGUUGGAGAAAAUCAUCUAGAUUCCAGUCCUGGUUGAAAGGAUCAGCAGCCCUCAUCAUCAAGUAUGUAAAUCAGGAAAUAAACCAGGACAAGAUUAAAAAACAUGUAUCAUAGUUAAAUAAUGUAAACAGGAAAUGUACCCCGAUACCUUCACCGACGUCCACUCUCAGAACCUUUGACAACAGCCGUCUGCUGGUCGAAGGUUCCAUCUGAAAAUGGCUGUUGUCUGUUUUCCAACAUGGCCACCACAGAUGCCAACGAAACACGCCCACACAAACAGGAAAACACAGUUAUACAAAAAGAAGAGAAUUAAACUUUAUACCCAUAAAGCAGAGGGUUAUGAGUUCUAGAGAACAGAGUUAAGACAUUCUGUAACAUUAAAAAUACUCAGAAGAGUUUGAGCAUCUAAUGUCAGAUGUACGCGAGAGCUGCUGUGUUUGUUGGCUCUGUGACAGUAGGACCAGCUGUCCACACUGUCCCCGCCCCGUUCUGUCCACACUGUCCCCGCCCCGUUCUGUCCACACUGUCCCCGCCCCGUUCUGUCCACACUGUCCCCGCCCUGUUCUGUCCACACUGUCCCCGCCCCGUUCUGUCCACACUGUCCCCGCCCCUGUUCUGUCCACACUGUCCCCGCCCUGUUCUGUCCACACUGUCCCCGCCCCGUUCUGUCCACACUGUCCCCGCCCUGUUCUGUCCACACUGUCCCCGCCCCGUUCUGUCCACACUGUGCCCGCCCCGUUCUGUCCACACUGUCCCCGCCCCGUUCUGUCCACACUGUCCCCGCCCUGUUCUGUCCACACUGUCCCCGCCCCGUUCUGUCCACACUGUCCCCGCCCCGUUCUGUCCACACUGUCCCCGCCCUGUUCUGUCCACACUGUCCCUGCCCCGUUCUGUCCACACUGUCCCCGCCCCGUUCUGUCCAGUUUCCUUCUGACCCAGAACAGGUCAAGCAGAAGAAAACCACAUGAAGGAUUUACACACACACGACACUCGAUGUCUAAAUUUGCUCAGAUUUGUAUUUAUCUAUUUAUUUAUUUAUUUAAUUUGCAUCCGUCUUAUUACAGUAGACAUCAGGUCGUAACCAUGUGAACAGCUGAUUCCACUGAAUGUAUUCAGCCGGAACAGCCUGUGGGUGGAGCCAUAUGUGACGGCUGGUAACCGCCAUUAAGUUUCCUGACGGGGGACACUUGAGACAUGUGUCCAGUAAAGAGCAUUCAUGUGUUAAGUGCUGACAGUCCUUCGUUUUGACGGAUCAUCUGGAAGAGUAAGUGACGUUUGUUGUUGCAGAUUAACUUUUUAUAUGGAUUUUGUGCAAAAGCUUCAUGGACACCCGAGACGUGUGAUACUCUGAAAUAAUGUCAAACCGUGAUUUAAACAAAACCUGUUCUGAUAUUUUAUUUAAAAAUAUCUGUUGUUGUUGAAGGUCAAAUGUAAGUGUUCUUAAGUUGAUCAGCUGAUGUGAGAUUUUCUUUUUAUCUCGAGGGGCUAAUAAAGAUGGUUAUUUCCACUCA